CCAGUACAGGUCAAACGCGAGGAGAUCCCCAUCUCCCUCGAGGAACUGAGGCAGUCGCACAGCCUACAGCGACCCCUCAAGCGAUCCCCCACCCCGCGACACUCCGCCGCAUUCUUGGGCCAGCUCGUCGUCAGCAGUCACCGCCUCGACUUCAGUCCCUGUCCUACGUCACCCCGCCUCCGGGCUUCCUCAACCGGCUUCACCGCCGUCGCCGCCGCUCGGCCGCUCAAGCACUCGUUCCUCGAGAAGUCCGCCCGGCGGACAGUCACAACAGUCGCCUUCGUCCGCAGGCAGUCCUUCGUCCCCCUCGUCGCCGAUAAUGUC